AUUGAGGCAGAGGUCUCCCUCUGCGUAUCAUUUUCUCUCCUCUUAAGUUAAAGCCCUAAACCCUCUAAUCUGGGCUUCCAUUUUCAAGAGUCAAAGAGAAUGAGAAUUCGACGCUUCCCAUGGAGGAGCAAUCUGACUCUUCAUUUUAAAGGAUUUGAUUACUUUUUCAGUUCGCAUAAGGAUUUUCGGAAUCAACGAUUGCUUUUGCGACCAGCCAGCCCCAGGAGCAUGACCAUCUUCCCCAAUCCUCGACCCUAUUCCACCGAGGUGCAAACUGAACUAUCGCCCCAGUUAAUCAAGAUUAUGGACAAAAGGCUGUCGGCAAUUGAACACAGGAGCGUGUAUCUUAUGGAUCUCAUUAAUCAGCCAGAAGCCUCACCAACAGAGUACUCAAGAGCCAAUAAGGAACUCCAGAAACUCAGGGGUUCGAUGGAUCUAAUAAAUGAGUUGAGAACUAAACAGAAGGAGAUUGAGGGUUUGAAGUCACUAAUAGCUGAAUGUACAGAAGACAAAGAAAUGCUGGAAAUGGCAACUGGCGAAUUUUGUCAAGCCAUGGAAGAAGAGAGAAGACUGCAGAAUCAGCUGCUAAAGUCAUUACUUCCCAAGGAUGAUGCUGAUGAACGAGACUGUAUUUUGGAGGUGAGAGCAGGAACUGGAGGUGAAGAGGCCUCCUUGUUUGCAAUGGACAUAUUCAAGAUGUAUGAGAGAUUCUCAUUGAAGAAAGGUUGGAAGUUUGAUGUUGUAGAAAUAACUGAGUCUGAUCUUAAAGGAUACAAGGAAGCUAGUGCAGCAAUAUCAGGAGCUGGUGUGUAUGGGAAACUUAAAUUUGAGAGUGGAAUUCACAGAGUGCAGCGAGUUCCUGUGACUGAGAAAUCUGGACGUGUUCAUACCAGUGCUGUUUCCGUUGCUAUCCUUCCUCAGGCUGAUGAGGUAGAUGUCCAGUUGAGGCAUGAAGAUUUGAGGAUUGAUACAUACAGAUCUGGUGGUUCAGGUGGUCAGCAUGCAAAUACUACUAACAGUGCUGUGAGAAUAACUCAUAUUCCAUCUGGUAUUACAGUCUCCAUACAAGAUGAACGAUCACAACAUAUGAACAAGGCUAAAGCACUCAAGGUACUAUGUGCACGGCUAUAUGAAAUGGAAAGAUCUAGAAUCCAGACCAACCGAUCAAAACUUCGAUCAGAGCAGAUUGGUAGUGGGGACAGGUCAGAGCGUAUACGUACGUAUAACUUCCCACAAGGGCGCGUUACUGAUCACCGUAUUGGCAUCACUCAUCAUUCAAUAAAUGAUGUAAUGCAGGGAGAGAAUCUGGAUAUCUUUGUUGAUGCUCUUCUUCUGCAGCAGGAAAUGGAUGCAAUUGCAUCUUUCAGCUCUGCCCAAUGAAGUCAAGGUCUCUUUCUGUAGACCUCGACGACGACGACUUUCCUGCUUAUUAUAUUUUCCCUUUUUUUCUCACUCUCUGAAGGCACAGGUGUUUUCUUUACUUUCUUCUUCUUAACUGAAUUAGUAACAGCUUCAAGAGAUGCGAUAGCAUAACAGCCAAAGAUUUGGGUCGGUCGUAGCCCGCCCUUAUUGGUGGCUGGCUACCUGAAAGAGUGGCGUUUCCUCACUUAUUACGUCCAUGUGCAAUUGGCCUGUCAAUUUCAAGUAUCAACAAGACUGAUUCAGUGCUUGCUGUGUUUAAAUUACCAUGGACUGGCCAACAUAUGGUGAAUCUUCUGCAUUGCAUGCCCUAUUUGUUUGAACGUACGAGAUCAAGAGUUGCUGGUAAAGGUCGCUUGAAUCUAUUGGUAGAAUUCCAUCUCAAUUUCGAGAUCAAGACUGAUUAUAUUAUUAAGGCUUUAGAGUUUGGAAACCAUUCACUGCAAGAAAUUUAGGAUUUAGUGACGGAUUUUUAGUGACAUUAUUUUUGCUGUUUUGUGAAGAAACAAUGAUGGAUUAUGCAAAAAGAAUUUUGUAAAAUUAG